AUGGCGCUUCAGGUCCUCUCCUCGGGCCUGGGCUCGGUCAAGAAGGCAGCGAACCGGGUGACGCAACGUGAAACACCGCUGGAAAAGAACCUCAGAGAGGCCACUUCCAAUCAGAAUUGGGGUGUGCCGAACAGCCAGCUCCAUGACAUCGCACGGGCAUCCUUCGAUUUCCAGGAGUACCAGAGCAUUAUCACCGAGAUUUGGGCUGGUUUGCAGGAAGCAAAGUCCAGAUGGCGGCGGGUCUUGAAAUCAUUGAACCUGGUGGAGUUUUUGGUCAAAAACGGCAGCGAGCGAAUCAUCGACGAGAUUCGCCGUGACCAGUACAAGGUCCGUCCGCUCAUGGACUUCAGCUACUCGGAAGAUGGCAAAGACAAGGGCGCUGCAGUUCGCGAGAAGGCCAAAGCCAUCUUGGAGCUCAUCAGUGAUAACGAGUUGCUGCGGUCGGAGCGGGAGAAGGCCCGCACCCACCGGGAGAAGUUCAUGGGCAUGUCCUCUGUUGACAGCAGCAGCUACGGCGGUGGAUAUGGUGGAGGUGGAGGUAGCAGCAACUACGGCGGAGGUGGUGGGAGCUACGGUGGCAGCAGCGGUGGCAGCUACGGUGGUAGCUACGGUGGUAGCGGUGGUGGCAGCUAUGGUGGUAGUGGCGGUGGCAGUAGUGGGGGCGGCUAUGGUGGUAGUUCGUACGACCCGUACGUUGAGAACAAGAAGUUCGACGAAGCGAGGCGGAGACGGGAGGACGAGCGGGAUGAGCGCGACCGCAGAUACGACCGUGAUGAUCGAGACAGAGACGAUCGGGACGGUCGGCGCAGAGACGACCGCGACCACCGGGACCGCGACUACGACCGCCGAGAGGACGAUCGGCGUCGAGAUGAGCGGGAUUCGCGGGAUGAUCGAGACCGAGAUGGUCGUCGUCGGGACUACGACUACGAUGACAGGCGAGACCGUGACGGACGCCGCCGCAGUUACGACGAGGACGAUCGUCGGGAGUCCAGACGAGAUCGGGAUGACCGUGACCGGGAUGAACGAGACCGGGUCGAGAAGCCUGCUCCGCAGGCGAACCUGCUAGACAUGGGCGACCCCGCAGAGCCGCCUGCGACUGCCGCUGCGCAGGGAUGGGGCGCUUUCGAGGGUGGCGGCUUCGCCGACUUUGGCGCCGGUGCUUCGGCAGGUGCCGCGGGCGGCGAUGGCUUCGGAGACUUCGUAGGAACGGCGGCGCCCCAGCCAGCGGCGCCCCAGCCAGCGUCGCUCCAGCCAGCGGCGCUCACAGCCCCGCAGGGCGGCGACCUUUUCGCAAAUGCAUCUUUCCAGGCAUCGGCAGUGCCGCCAGCUGCGCCGACAAGGACUGCGGAGAUGCCCGACUUGUUCGCUGUUGGGGGCGACUUCGGCGUCCAGGGUGGUGGCGGCUCCUUUCAAGGGGCCCAAGCCCAAGCCUUUCAAGGGGCGCCUGGCGCCUGUCAAGGGCAAGGAGCCGCCCCAGCCCAAAUGGCUCCCUUCUCUUCGGGAUCCUGUGGGGGAUGCGGCGAUGGCCCAAGCAGCCUGGCCCAAGCAGGGCCAGCAGGUCCAUCGGACCAGCCGGGAGGGUCCUUUCUAGAUGGUAUCUCGAGCAAGCUCUUGGCAGCAACCUCAGAAAGCUCAACUCCAGAAUGGGCAGCUGCGGUGGCUGCAGUGGAGGCUGUGGCUGCGGCGGCUACGGUGGCUGCGGCGGCUGCGGCGGCUGUGGCUGUAGCGGCUGUAGCGGCUGCGGCGGCUGUGGUGGCUGCGGCGGCUGUGGCGGCUGCGGUGGCUGCGGCUGUGGCGGCUGCGGCGGCUGCGGGUGCGGGCCGGACCCUUAUUGCACUUGAGAAUGGUACUCUCAGAGUGUGCAGUGCUAGAGAAGCCGGCUCAGGGGCUGCGGCUGCUGUGGGGGCUGUGGGGGCUGUGGAUGUGGCUGCGGUCUGUGUGGGGCUUGUGGAGCCUGUGGAGGACCCUGUGGUGGCUGCGGCUGUUGUGGGGGUGGGCCGUGUGCUGGUUGCGGUGGCUGCGGUGGCUGCGGCUGUGGCUGUGGCCCGUGUGGGGCCUGUGGAGGGUGGGGGCUUUGCCUUUGUCCUGAUGGUGGCAAGGGUAAAGCCGAGAAGCGGCUCCCAGAGAAAUUGGCGAAACCGACGAGCCUCCUGGUCAGUAGCGGCUGCCUGUUACGCUGGUUGCCAUUGCUUCGCAGAAAUGUCCAACCGGGCCAUCCCGCAAAACUCGCAGCGUGAUGCCCCACGGGUGCGAGACAUAGAUGAAGGCCUCCGACGACGAGGGGAGAGCGGGCUGAGUGGGCCAAGCGGGACAGAGGAGGACGACGCGGCAGACGCGGGCGCCGUGCCGUCCUCUUCGUCGGGUUACCGGAGCUGCUUGCGGGCUCUGUCCUUUCUUGGCAUUCAUCGUGCCUGCAACCUCUUGACAGCACAGAGACGCCGAGAAAGAGAGGCAAGGGGUGUCGCUCGCAACAGCGUCUCCGAGCUCUCCGAGGCGACGCUCGAGAGCUGUCCGCCGCCAGUCCUCUACAAACAGCGAUGGGUGCAGCUGGCCUUCUUAGCCCUCUUAGCCUUGAUCAGCGACCUGGUGUGCUUCAGUGUCGCUGCCACGCCAGCGACUUGGACCAAGGUUUUCGGACAGGAUCCGGCCACCCUAAUCGACAUCUUUCUGUUCACAAACGUCUUUGCGUGCUUCAUCGAGCCAUUCAUCAUCCGCAACUUCGGGCUGCGCAUACCCAUUGUGGGUGCGGCUAUGCUCAUGGCAGUGGGAUGCUUUCUGCGCUCCGGCAUGCCCUUCCAGGGUGAGGAGCUGCCAGGCUACAACACGGUCGUAGCGGGCACCAUGUUGGUGGCCGUGGCACAGCCGUUUUUCCAGUGCACACCGCCCCUGCUGUCCGCAACCUGGUUCGCACCAGACGAGCGAGCGAUGUCUACGGCUGUGGCUAUCAACUUCAACCAGGUCGGCAUCGCUGCUGCCUUCAUCGCCGGCGGGGCCAUGGGCGGCUCCGAAGCGGGCCUCAAGACAUAUUUCGUGAUCAUCACCCUGGUUGCCGUGGUGGUCGCUGCAGCGUCCCUGUUCUUCUUUCGGGAGCGGCCCCCCACGCCACCGUCGGCAUCGGAAUUAGAGAAGUUGCUGGCAGAGAAGUCUUCGGGGGCCCUGAAGACAGAGGUCGGAGACGACAGCAAGCCGGCCAACAAGCCUGAGGAUAGCUUCCCAAAGGAGGCCUAUCGGCUGCUUACCACCCCGGGCUUCCUGCCGCCUUUGGCUGCUUUCGUCACGUCCAUUGCUGUCACCAAUGUAGUUGGCGCCUUCAUGGACCUGAAGCUGCAGCGCGCGGGCUUCAACGACCAAAUGGAGGUGGACAUGGCCGGUGCGGGCUUUGAGGUCGCUAUCGUGAUUGGUGGCAUCAUUCUUGGCGGCCUCGUCGACAGAAACAAAGAGUACAAGUCCGUGACCCUGUGGUGCAUCGCUGCGACGCUUGUGGGAGUGCUCCUGCUUGGCAUGGAGUCGUUGCCCAGGAGCGCCGCCCUGGCGGCCCUUUUGGCCAUUGGCUCCUUCGCAGGUCCGGUCCAACCGAUCAAUGCGGAGCUUGCAGUGGAGGUCACGUAUCCAUGCGACGAGAAUGCUAUCGAAGCCGUGCAGCAACUUUGUGGCAACUUGAUCUCUGCCCUGCUGGUGCCCGUUUGCGAGUGGGCUGCAGAGCUGAAGCUUACCCUUCCAGGUUCUGAUGGCUAUCUGAGAGGCGACACACUGCUACUGCUGGCCAUCCUGGUCGUGGUGGGCCUCUACUUCUCGACCUUCUCCGCUCCUCUGCGCCGGACAGAAGUGGACCAGGCAAAUUGCAUCACUGGGGAUGAACUCGAUGUGUUGCGUCCCCGAGCAGAAUCCAAGUGA